CUUAAACACUGCAAUUUCAUACGUUUCUUCUUUACACGCAACUGCUUUCUUUAAAGAUGUCCCUAGAGUCUCUUCCAACAGAACUCUACCUCCAAAUCCUCCGCCACGCAGGCGUGAGCGACUUUCCAGUCCAGCUAUCCCUCUUAACAAUCAGCAAACGCUGGUUCGCAAUUGCCCACUCCAUCGCCUUCGAACAUGUCAAGUUUGUCCCAAGAGAAAAUGGCGAAUUUAUACGUCCCGAAACCAGAGCUCAGGAGAACAUUACAACACCGCCAAGAAUCCCACCACCAAUACUGCACGACCGCACAUCCAAAACAAUCCUAGAAAUCCUUUCAACCAACCUUCGCUCUCUCGAACUCGACCUCCUAGACAUCACCUUCAACGCGACACAAUUCCGCGGCCACCACGUCCCCGAAAAUGGGACUACAUACGAGCACACGUGCUGCAUACCCAGCAUAUCCAGCUACAUCGCCUUGCCAGCCCUCCUCCGCGCGAGCCCUCACCUCAAAGCGCUCGACAUCCGCGUCUCCGUCUCCCGCCCCGCCGUAGUUGGGAUCUGGUCCCUCCCACGCGUGCUGCAAUUCCCCGAAUUCAAUGCUCUGCUUUCCGCGCCGCAGAGGGCGCUUACUAGUCUCGUGAUUGAUGUGCAGUAUGAAUGUUACCACUACGAAAAGGAACCCGCGACGUGCCAAACGUGCCUCGGCAUCGCGGCGCAUCUUCCGACGCUGAGGAGGCUGUGCGUCAGGAUGCCGUGGAUUUGUCCAGACGUCCUCUCCUUAUCCGGUUCUACCGCUACUACUACUAUCCCACUCCGCGAACUCGUUAUCAAUCUCACGACGUGGGCCAAGAUGGGGCGAGACGGCUUCCUCGAUAGUAGUAGGAGCUGCCGCGCAGGCGAUCGGCACCAGGUCAAUCACGUGAGAGAUAUGGCUGCGGCUGUUCAAAGAUUGAGGACGUGUGCGCCACGGUUGGAAGUUGCGAGACUGAUUAAGAGGGAGAGUUUUAGGGAGCCGAUGAGGAAUCAUAGAGGUUUCGAAAGGAUGAACGUGGCGCUUGAUUGCUUGACGGGAGUAGAGGGACUGGUGGAUAAGAAGGCGGAUUGGACGAGGGAGUUUGGGAUGGAGGAGAUGGUUUUUGAGAGGAGAAAAUAGACAUGUUUUGCUGAUAUGAAUGACUAUUCAUCGAUCGGUAGAGUACAGCAUCAUAGAGAGCAAGAGGUAAUAAUCAGUCAUAAGGACUUACUUCUUAGACCUCGCCUCUCUAAAAACCACAAAACCACCCACCCUCAACCCUCCACCCAUCCCCCCGGUAUCAACGCCUCCGCGUUCCCCUCCUGCGCCUUCACAAAAGCUUCUCUAAACAGCCCCGCCUUCUCACUAUUCUCAAACCGAAGCGCAAGCGUCAAGUUCGUUGGCUUUCCCUCAGCCACAUCAUCCUUCGCGUUAAAUACCCAACUCCGAUCGCUCGUCGUAUUCAACGAUAUCUUAGUC